AGCUUCGGUUUGAAAAGGAAACCUAGUGGUAACCAUUUUCUUUUUGUUUUGUAAGGAUCUUAUAAAGGCAAUUUUUCAUGUCAAUUGUUUGUUAGCUUCUUAUAAGUGAUACUUAAAGUGGUGGUCAAGAUGGAGGAAGAACAAUGGACAUUUCUUGAUACGAAAGUUACAAUUGUGAACCGAAAAAAAUCUUAUCAAAUUCCAAAACAAAAGUUAUCAUCGAUUCCUUACUUUGUGAAACUUUUUUCCGAUUCUAAUUGUGACACAACCAAAAUAGAACUUGAUCUCGAUGGAAACUCAUUUGAUAAUAUUGUUGAUUUUAUUCAAUAUAACCGUCUAUCUCUUUCCAUGGAAAGUGCAUUAAAAAUGAUGGAACUUGCUAAUUAUCUUGGAAUGGAUGAAAUUCAACAAAAAUAUCAUGAUUUUUUCCGCUCACAUUUCAAUAUCGGAAUAUUGAGAGUAUUGAUAGAUAUUGACAACUUUUAUGAUGAACAUAAUUUGCCCAGAAUGUUUGAUGAAGAAAAGCUCAAUUCUUUCAUUGGAAAAUAUUUUCUUCCUAUUUCCAACACAAGAGCGUUUCUAAAAUUUUCCGUUUCUCUAUUAGAACGCAUAUUGAAACUAAAAUUAGUUGUUUCUUAUGAGUAUCAAAUAGUUGAAGCUAUUGACCGAUGGAUUAUAUUCAAUGAAAAAGAUCGAAAACAACAUCUACCUCGCCUCAUUAAAUUCGUUAAUCUUUGUCAUCUAAAAAACAGUGAGCUGGAAAUUGUAAGCGCAAAGCUCAAAAAUUCUGUAAUCGAUAUUCAGCGCUUGCUGCGAAUGAAUUCUUUCCAUACUUGCCAUCCAGAAUUCUGCCAACCCGAUCGUGAAAAAAACCCACAUUAUAACAAGUCGUUGAUCGCAAUCUUUGAAUUGGAUGAAGAUACAAUUGAAAUUCGAUGUUUAUCCAAAUCAAACCUUUUGACAACAUAUGAUAUAUUCACUCAGGAUGAGACUAUCUCUUCUUCUUUGAUUGAGGCUGAUCAUAUUGUCGAUAUAAUCUAUGAUUCAGGAAGAAAAGGUAUUCGAGUUGAUUGGAACACAAAGAAAUUCAAAUAUCUUAAAAUGUUUGGUGAUGACAAUUCGUAUUAUGGUCAAGUCCACAAAUAUAUCACUCAUGAUAUUUGUAACACCAACAAUUCUGCGAUUAUCAAAAAUUCGAAAAUACGAAUCAAAUGCGAACCUCCUUUAUUGAACUUGCAACGUGUGGAAUCUAUUUCUCUGGGUGAUCACUUAAGAGGAAUUUUCGAUGUUAAGGAACCUUCUCGUUGUUCUCGUAAUUCUUCUCGGCAUUCUAAUCGUGAAACUGGACCGAUGUCACAGGAGAUGAAUACUCGCCAAGCUCCUGCUAAAGCGGUCGAUAAAUCCUAUCUAUUUAUCCCACGUCUUGAUUAUCGACGCUUGUCUUCUUGCACGUUCCAAGGACUGACUGAAACUCGUUCAUGUUUACAUCCCAAUGGCCACUCGAAUCCUGUGAUGUACAUUUUGACACAACAUGAUUUUAGUUUUUAUUUUGAUCGACAAUUUGAAAGUAAAACACUUGAUUAUACGUUUCUGAAAAGUUUCAUCGGAAGCGAUUCUCUUGAUCAUAUCGAGCUGAUUUCUCAUAACAAUUCAAUUCUUAUCUGUAACAAGGAAACCAAAACCAUUUAUUCUUAUAUUGGUGCUACUGAUGAUUGGCAAAUCAUUUCUAAAAUUGAAUCUUAUGAAAAGAUGAUCACAAUUGCAUCCAUCAAUUUACCGAUUGAUUCGGAAUAAUAACUGAUUGUCCGAAACAUUGAUGGUCAACAAUUUAAAACAAGGAAAAUUUGAUGGACUUUUACCAAUCAACGUGAAAAUUUAUCAUUCAUUAAUAAAAUCAACGAAUUCGUUAACAAUUAAAAGUCAUAAACGGUACCCAUCUUUUUAUUAACAAUGGAAAUGAUUAGAAACUAAUUGGAAGAUUUAUCAACCUUUAAUUAGCAAGUAUUUGACUAAUUUUUACACAUCAAUUACCAACUUAUCAUUAAUCUUUAUCAUUUUCAUA